UGGAUGAAGGGGGUUUUGCACUGCUGAUCGGGGUGAAACAUGCUGUAUCAUAUUUAAUGAUAAUAACAAGGGAAGUGAUAUCAUUGUGUACGGAGCUCAUCUUGAAUGUCCGCUACAGUAUGUAUAGCUAUGUAUGUACCAUCAAAUCUUUUUACAUUAAAUGACACAAAAUGGAAGCAAAAACACUUGUUUUCUCUAUGGACUCACGCACAACAUUGAUUCAAUUUAUUAAAAGAGAAAGAUAUUUGUUAUGACCCCCUGCCCGGAUCAUAUGUGUUGUGGAUUUUUGAGUUCCUGGUUUGUUCUGUCACCGUGGUUGCUUAUUAGUUUCACCUGUCCCUUGCUUUUUGAAACACACCUGCCUGGUAAUUACUGUCCUUAUUUAAGCCUGCCUUUUUAGAUAGAUAGAUAGUACUUUAUUGAUUCCUUCAGGAGAGUUCCUUCAGGAAAAUUAAAAUUCCAGUAGCAGUGAACAGAGUUGAGAUCAAUUUAAAAAAGUAAAAAGUAAAUAAUGGGGGUUUAAAUGGAAACAAAAUAGAGAAAUAUUACAAUAAGAAUAAAAAAUAAAAAGCAACAAUGGGAAUAAAAAUAUAACAGUAAAAUAAGAAUAUAACAAGACAAAGUAGGCAGUAGUGACCAUGUCAUGAAAACGUAUUGCACUGUUAUUGUUUUGCAUCCCCUGUCAUCCUAGUACCCCCCGUCCCCCGCCCCCGAGAGGAGUUGUACAGUCUAAUGGCGUGUGGGACAAAGGAGUUUUUGAGUCUAUUAGUCCUGCACUUGGGAUGAAGCAGUCUAGAACUGAACAGGCUCCUCUGGCUACUGAUAACGCUAUGCAGAGGGUGACUGGCAUCAUCCAGGAUGCUCACUAGUUUGUCAACAGUCCUCUUCUCUGCCACCGUCACCAGUGAGUCCAGUUUCAUUCCGAUUAUAGAACCGGCCCGCCUGAUCAGUUUCUCAAGUCUGGAGCUGUCCUUAGAUUUUUCGUUCACGCGUCCUCGCAUCCUAGUUUUGUUGCACGCAACUAGUUACUACGCUGAUUCCCGAUUCUGGUAAAACCUUCUUUGUACAUGCUAGCUUCCGCGCUAUGCUUUUGUUUUUGUCUAGCUCCCAUGCUAGUUCUGUUGGUUUUGCCUUUUGUGCCUCGUGCCAGUUUUUCUGUUAAUAGUCUGUUCUUUAGUUUAAAUAAACCAAUAUUUCUUACCUUACGCUGUGUCCGAGCCAGAACUGCCUAGCAAAGGUCACAUAUAUUAACACACGCAGUGACCUUAAUUCUUUAUAAAUGGUUUUAUACAAUUAUUAGUAUUACCUAGUGUGUGAAUGUGAGUGUGAAUGAUGUCUGUCUAUCUGUGUUGGCCCUGCGAUGAGGUGGCGACUUGUCCAGGGUGUACCCCGCCUGCCGCCCGAUUGUAGCUGAGAUAGGCGCCAGCGCCCCCCACAACCCCUAAAGGGAAUAAGCGGUAGUAAAUGGAUGGACGGAUGGAUAGUAUUAAUACACAUUUGUUACACCUCUAUUUGCUCAGAUUUGGGACAUAUAUAAUCGUUUAGGUUUUUUUUAGAUAUGUUUUACCUGUGUAUCAUUGAGUGAAUUGUUACAUUGUAAGAUCUUAAUGGCAAAAAUGUUUUAUCCAUUUUGAGAAUGUUUUUUAUGUUGUUUAUUUUGAAAAUGUUGAUGAUUUUAUUAACAUGUUCAUUUGACUAUUAAUUGCUGCAAAAUAGUGUUUUUUAUUUUUAUUUGGACCACACAAAUGACAAAUUUCGAUAAAUAGGUAAACAUUUUAAAUGAUUUUUAAACCAACAUAAUUAUUUUGGUUGUAAUAUGAAUAUUUACAUUUGAUAAAAUUGUUUUUAAAACAGAACAAAUACUAUUAAAAUAAAUCAAUAUAUGUUGAGAUUUUUUUUAAAUUCUCCAAUAUCAUGAGAGAUUUUCAAAUGAAAUAAGCAUUUUAUUUUUUAAGUCAACUACUAUUAUUUUAUAUUAUAGUAUUAAAAGCUGCAGAGUACAACUUGAGAAAAUUAUUGUUAAUACCGUAUUUCCUUGAAUUGCCGCCGGGGCGCUAAUUAAUUUAAAACUUCUUCUCACUCCUGCUCUUACCAAAGGUAUGCGGUAAAAGUAAGCAUACGCUAAUUAUUUUAAAACCUCUUCUCACUCCGGCACUUACCAAAGGUAUGCAGUAAAUAUUUGAGUGUGAUGUAAGCUUGGACCUUAAAUCCUACUGAAUAGCUCUUAAUAUUCUUCCCUUUAUGCGAUUUCGAAUUACCGAUAUUGAAAUCAGCCUCCUCCAUUUUGAAAAUGUUUUUUAUGUUGUUUAUUUUGAAAAUGUUGAUGAUUUUAUUAACAUGUUCAUUUGACUAUUAAUUGCUGCAAAAUAGUGUUUUUUUUUUUAUUUGGACCACACAAAUGACACAUUUUAAAUGAUUUUUAAACCAACAUAAUUAUUUUGGUUGUAAUAUGAAUAUUUACAUUUAAUAAAAUAGUUUUUAAAACAGAAAAAAUACUAUUAAAAUAAAUCAAUAUAUGUUGAGAUUUAUUUUAAAUUCUCCAAUAUCAUGAGAGAUUUUCAAAUGAAAUAAGCAUUUUAUUUUUUAAGUCAACUACUAUUAUUUUAUAUUAUAGUAUUAGAAGCUGCAGAGUACAACUUGAGAAAAUUAUUGUUAAUACCGUAUUUCCUUGAAUUGCCGCCGGGGCGCUAAUUAAUUUAAAACUUCUUCUCACUCCUGCUCUUACCAAAGGUAUGCGGUAAAAGUAAGCAUGCGCUAAUUAUUUUAAAACCCUCUUCUCACUCCGGCACUUACCAAAGGUAUGCAGUAAAUAUUUGAGUGUGAUGUAAGCUUGGAUCUUAAAUCCUACUGAAUAGUUCUUAAUCUUCUUCCCUUUAUGCGAUUUCGAAUUACCGGUAUUGAAAUCAGCCUCCUCCAUUUUGAAAAUGAUGACAGGGAAAGUGUCACUCGUGACGUCACGAGUUUGACCAGGCGGUAAUACUAAGCAUGCGCUAAUUAUUUUGCGAAGCGUGUUUGACCCGGCAGUAAUUCAAGGCAGGCGCAUACUAUACACGGUAUUAUCAUACAUUUUUUUAUCUGUUGCAUCCUUAUCUGGUUUAAUAAUUUGUAGGUCAAAAUUGGCUUUUAUGGAGAAUGCUAAGGUUUUAUUACGAGUAAAGUAUAAAUUUGAUUAAACUUUUUAACAUUUGGGAAAUUUUAAAAACUGUAUUAUAAAUACAUGGUUAGUAUUCUUUGUGUAAGGAUUGGAUAGGCUUUAUUUGUUUAUAUGAUGUGGUUGCAGUGCAAAAAGUCCACAAAAAAAUAAAGGUUAAACACCUGAAAACCAGAGGUAAACAUCACAGGACACAAAGGACAUAAAGUACAUUAAAAGAGCACAGAGCUGAUGCAACCAGUUGGCUACUACAGCGGUGAUAUUUCUACAUACAGCUACAAAAGUAAACAUGAACAAUACAUACUGCUGCACAUAUGAUUGAACCAUGAAAAGACAAACAAAACUAAAAUAAAACACAAUUUCAACAUCGAAAUACAACGGGGUGGCCUCUACGGUGCUCCACACCAUUGCCUGCUGGGUUGGGGGGAAGCACAGUCAGAGGCAGGCGCAAACCCAACAAAGCAAUCAAGAAAGCCGACUCUGUCCUAGGCUACCCACUAGCUCAAUGUUGUAGUCCAUGUUCAGUCUUCGCAGAUGAGUGAGAAUCGGUCGGCCAACGGUAGCUCCGCAGCACCGUCUCUUCCGCCGUAUCUCCCCUGGUCUCUCCACGUGGACUCCGGUGUGGUAGAGGACUAGCAGCCGGGUCUCCGGUGCAAACAUCGCCAUGGCCUGAAGCCCGGGGGUCAGCAACCUUGAGCGGGGCGCUGGUGAAAAAUGUUUUUUGUUGUAAUAUGUUUUCUGUAGGAGGACAAACAUGACACAAACCUUCCUAAUUGUUAGCAAGCCCACUGUUUAAUAUGUUUGUGUGUAUGCUUCACUGAAGAGAGUAUAUGGCGAGCGCCGUUUCGUCCUACUAAUUUCAACUGCCCUUGAACUCACCGUUCUGUGGACUGUGACUCAACAGUUUGUUUACAUGUAUAACUUUCUCCGAUACUGCCACAUAAAGACAUGUUUUAUGCAACCCCUUUGUCUCACUUUGUCCACCAAAUGUUGUAUACUGUGUAUAAAUGCACAAAGGUGAGCUUUGUUGAUGUCACUGACUUGCUGGAGUACUAAUCAGGCAUAUUUGGUCAGUGUAUGACUGCAAGCUAAUCGAUGCUAACAUGCUAUUUAGGCUAGUAGUAUGUACACAUUGCAUCAUUAUGCCUCAUUAGUAUUUAUAUUUAAUUUCCUUUAUUAAAGUCAUCUGUGUAUUUAAUUUAUAUUUUAAUGUCUCAUGACACAUUGUCUGUAUGUAACAUUGGCUGCAUUUCAGAUAAUUGUUUGUGUGCCAUGUUGUUCCCAACCACCGCAAACGUUACCCAGCUUGCAAAGAUUGUAAUAAAUCCAUUAGAAGACAGCCUGCCAUUUUCUUUUAACAUGGACACACACAUCUUUACCUUUAGCCAUUCUAAGACGGUGAUUUCCAGGAGUUAUCUCACCCUCUGUGAAGUUUUACAAAUUUUUUCCAAUGUUGUAAAAAUGUGUUGAAUAAAUAUUUUAUUUCAACAUUUCUGUCAACGAAGAUUUGCGUCAACCUGCGACACAUACUCAUUUUGAUAGUAGGUUAUUAUAGCUGAUAUAGUCACUUGCAUCAUGUAUAACCAUCUUAUAUUCUAUACAAUUCUUCUUCCUUCAAACACGACGAGUUGAGUUUAUACCAAAAUGGAUACAUUGGGAGAAUGUCAGAUGAAACCAAAAUAGAACUUUUUGGUAUAAACUCAACUCGUCGUGUUUGGAGGAAGAAGAAUACUGAGUUGCAUCCCAAGAACACCAUACCUACUGUGAAGCAUGGGGGUGGAAACAUCAUGCUUUGGAGCUGUUUUUCUGCUAAGGGGACAGGAAGAUUGAUCCGUGUUAAGGAAAUAAUGAAUAGGGCCAUGUAUCGUGAGAUUUUGAGCCAAAACCUUCCAUCAGUUAGAGCUUUGAAUGGUUGACCAAAUACUUAUUUUCCACCAUAAUUUUCAAAUAAAUUCUUUAAAAUUCCUACAAUGCAAAUUCCUGGAUUUUUUUUUCACAGUCUCUCUCUCACAGUUGAAGUGCACCUAUAAUGAAAAUGACAGACCUCUGUCAUCAUUUUAAGUGGGAGAACUUGCACAAUCGGUGGCUGACUAAAUACUGUUUUGCCCUACUGUAUGUACUACCAUGAAUUGAUUUGCAUGGACUUAAACACGUUGACAAACUUAUUCGGGUGUUACCAUUUAGUGGUCAAUUGUACGGAAUAUGUACUGUACUGUGCAAUCUACUAAUAAAAGUAUCAAUCAAUCAAAACAGUAUGUACCUGCCCAAUUCCAAACAAUGUUUAAUGUGUUACACGGCCUGGUUGGUGAUAACCCUGUAAAUGUUCACACCUGUAAGAAUGAGUUAAAGGGGCGUGGAAGCGCCAACUCUCCAGGGAAGAAAACAGAGUGGAAGUCCUCCUCUCCACGCAGACGACCGCUCCCGCUGCACAAACAAUGUCCCCUUUGGAGGACUUCCUGGCGUCGUUCUCGUCGAGUUCGACCACUGUGCUGGUGAGCGUCUUUGUGCUGCUCCUCAUCGCCAUUGCCUCCAGGAGCUUCACUUUGCAAAGCAAGGAAAGUGAGAGGGAGCCUCCGGGGCCGAAACCAUGGCCCUUGGUUGGCAACCUGCUGCAGCUAAAUCUCAACAAGACCUACAAAGCGUUUUGUGAGCUUUCAGAACAGUACGGGUCCGUAUUUACGGUCUACUUGGGCACCAAUAAAGUGGUGGUGCUGGCUGGGUACAAGGCGGUCAAAGAGGCGCUGGUCAACCAUGCAGAGGAAUUUGGAGAGCGCCACAUCUACCCGAUGUUUCAGGACAUCAACCAGGGCCAUGGAAUUGUGUUUUCGAACGGAGAGUCAUGGAAAGAAAUGAGACGGUUUGCCCUCAGCACUCUGAGAGACUUCGGAAUGGGCAAAAGACUCGCUGAAGACAAAGUCGUAGAAGAGUGCAGCCACCUCAUUCCCGUCAUUGAGAAGUUUAAAGGUCAACCAUUUGACACAACAGCCCCACUGAGUAAUGCCACGUCCAAUAUCAUCUGCUCCAUCGUGUACGGCAGCAGGUUUGAUUACAGCGACCCUCGCUUCACCAAAAUGGUGAGAAGAGCCAAUGAGACCAUUAUUCUGAAUGGAUCGCCACAGACUCAGCUUUACAACACCUUCCCACGGCUGUUCAGCUGGAGUAAACAUCGGCGGAUGAUGAUCAAGAAGCGUGACGAAACCAUCCAGGACGUGAAGGAGCUGCUGGCCAAAGUGAAGGAGAAGCUGAACCCUGAAGUGUGCACGGGGGUCGCUGACUGCUUCUUUAUCCGCAAGCAAAAAGAGGAGGAGGCAUCGAAUGCAAAGAGCCACUUCAACGAUGACAACAUGACGUACGUUAUGGCCAACCUGUUUGCUGCAGGCACCGACACCACCGCCACCACACUGAGAUGGGGCAUGCUAUUGAUGGCCAAAUAUCCCCAAAUACAAGAACGGGUCCAUGAAGAGCUGAGCCGAAUGGUCGGAAGCCGUCAGAUUCAAAUGGAGGAUCGCAAGAACCUUCCUUACACCGACGCCGUCAUUCACGAGACGCAGAGGUUCGGCAACAUCGCCCCCAUGGCCAUCGUGCACCAAACCAGCCGAGACGUAACCUUCAGGGGAUACUUCAUCAAAAAGGGCACCAUUAUCAUCCCUCUACUUACAUCCGUCCUCUACGAUAAGACUGAGUGGGAGACACCCAACAUCUUCAACCCUUCCCACUUCCUGGACAAGGAGGGUAAAUUCGCCAAAAAGGAUGCAUUCAUGCCCUUCUCUGCAGGCCGCAGGGUUUGUCUCGGGGAGAGUCUGGCUCGGAUGGAGCUCUUCCUCUUUUUCACCACCCUCCUUCAGAACUUUCGCUUCACGCCUCCGCCCGGGGUGACGGAGGACGAGCUGGAUUUGACUCCAACGGUGGGUCUGACACUCAAUCCGUCUCCACACCAGCUGUGCGCCGUCCGUAAACUCUGACGCUAGAUUACUAAAGACACACUUUGUUGUCGUCCGAAUGAUUUCACGAUGAGAAUGUAAGCAGUAUACUUUGUGCGAGCGUUGUAGAUGAUGUCAUCAACUCGUCUUCUACGUACAUGUCAUGCUAAUUUAAAUAGAUCAAAUCAUCAAUAAAACCCUUGUGUCA